UCGAAUGUGCAUAGUGAUCUCAUCGCAAGUUCAUAAUCCAAGUAAAUGAAUUCAAUGAUUACAAAGAUUAUUUCUUUGAGAGGAGCUAAACUUGCAUGAAAGCAAUAAACUGCACAUUAUUUUCAUUAGUCUGAUGAAGCUGGAAGGAUACUAACAUAGACUUUUAGCAACAAAAUUCCCGAUUCAAGAGAAUAAAGUAACACAGAGGAUCAAAAAUGAGGUGCACGGUUGACCGUGUCAUCAUCAACUUUGCGGAAGUCAACUCUGAGGCUUCUUUCACAGGUGAAUGUUCUUUGUUCCCUGUGGCGAUCAACUUUCAUGGGAAAUCGCUGUCCCUUCCAAAGGAGCCAUGCAAUGAUACCGACAGAGGAAAGCAGAGCAUGUCAGCCUUAGAUACAAAUGGCCGGCCGUAUUCUCCCUCACGGAGUUGAGCGACGGGUAGGGAGGAGGAGGAGAUGAGCUGCAACGGGUGCAGGGUGCUGCGCAAGGGGUGCAGCCGCGCUUGCGUGCUGCGGCCGUGCCUCCGAUGGAUCGACACGGCGGAGGAGCAGGGCCACGCCACCGCCUUCGUCGCCAGGUUCUUCGGCCGCGCCGCCUUCAUGUCCCUCCUCUCCGCUGUCCCCGACUCCCAACGCCCCGCCCUGUUCCAGUCGCUGCUCUUCGAGGCGUGUGGCCGGACCAUCAACCCCGUGGGUGGCGCCGUCGGGCUGCUCUGUACCGGCAACUGGCAUCUCUGCCAGGCCGCCGUCAACGCCGUCCUCAACGGCGACGCCCUCGCCCCCCUUCCCAGCCAUCCCACCACCGGCAGCUUCCCGCCGACCCCAGUGUCCGACGCCAAGCGGCGCAGCGCGGCGUCCCCGUCUUCCUCCUCCGCUUUCUUCCCCCGAGACAUGGACCUGUGGUUGUUUCCGAGGCCGGCCGCUGGCGCCAGCGAAGAGACGCCAUAUAUGAACUCGGAGGGGUCGGUGGCGACGGCCAGCGGCGCACCGACGCUGCUCAACCUCUUCGGUUGAGUGGAAGGACUUCCGCUUCACGAGUGCGCUCGCACGCGCGCACGCCCGCCAUACAUAUAUAUAUAUAUAUAUAUAUAUAUUCUGUUGUACAAUGGAUGGACUCGAUCCCUCCGUAUGGGGAGGGAGGUGGGAGCACCAGCGGUGACCGCAUCUCGUACAGUGUAAUCCACUUUCGUCUAAUAAAGUAAGUAAAUAAAUAUAUUGUGGCAUUC